AUGCAGCUGUCCAACCUCCUCACCAUCUUCACCGUCGCCACUGCUGCCUCGGCCGCCUCUGGUAUGAACCCAUCUCCAACAGAUUUCCGUCUGAAGCAUACUUACAUUCAUAUAGUCUCCUACGACAAGGGCUACGACAACGGCUCACGCUCUCUAACUGCCGUCAGCUGCUCCGACGGCGCCAACGGCCUCAUCACCCGCUACGGCUGGCAAACCCAAAAGCAGGUCAAGAAGUUCCCCUACAUCGGUGGCGCGCCUGCCGUCGCUGGUUGGAACUCGCCCAACUGCGGCACCUGCUGGGAGCUCAGCUACAACGGACGCACCAUCAAUGUCCUCGCUAUCGACCACUCGGCAAAUGGCUUCAACAUUGCCCUCGACGCCAUGAACGCCCUCACCGGUGGACAGGCUGUCAAGCUCGGCCGUGUCAAUGCCAGCUCUAAGCAGGUCAACAAGAGCAAGUGCGGCCUCUGA